AUGUACAACAAAGAGAAGCCAUUGAAAUCAGAUGCCAUACUUGCCAGAGAAGGAAAAUUUGUAUGGAGAAUCAAACAUACCUCAAAGCAGAAGUAUUCCCCGGAAAGAGGCAAAGAAGCAGGCUCCAUGCAAAGAAGGUCGUCACGCUUUCGAUUCCCUUGGUCAAAACCACAAGCUCCCGGCCCAUCCCAAAGCCCUUCCAAACCCACUGUCUCCCGAACCCCUACACGGACAACCACCACAACUCCCACUCAGAACCAAACCACUGCCACUCCAACCCCUACCCAACCCACCACCAGAAGUCCCACUGGGAGCCAACCCGUUGCCUCCCCAUCCCCUACCCAGCGAACCACCAGAAGUCCCACUGGGAGCCAACCCACUGCCACCACAUCCCCAACCCCACCAACUACCAGAAGUCCCACUGGGAGCCAAUCUGCUGCCACCACAUCCCCAACCCCACCAACUACCACAAGUCCCACUGGGAGCCACCCCGCAGUCACACCAUCCCCUACCCAGCGAGCCACCACAAGUCCCACUGGGAGCCAAUCCGCUGCCACCCCAUCCCCAACCCCACCAACCACCAUAAGUCCCACUGGGAGCCAACCUGCUGCCACACCAUCCCCAACCCCACCAACCACAACAAGUCCCACUGGGAGCCAAUCCACUGCCACAUCCCCAACACUACCAACUACCACAAGUCCCACUGGUAGCCAACCCACAGCCACACCAUCCCCUACCCAGCAAACCACCACAAGUCCCACUGGGAGCCAACCCACAGCCACACCAUCCCCUACCCAGCGAACCAUCACAAGUCCCUCCCAGAUCCAACCCACUGCCACCACAUCCCCAACCCCACCAACUAACACAACUCCCACUCAAAGCCAAGCCGCAGCCACCCCAACCCCUACCGAGGCAACUACCAAAACUCCAACUGGGAGCCAACGCGCUGAUGCCCCAACCCUUACCCCGUCCACUGCCACAACACCUACUGUGAGCCAACCUGCUACCACCCCAACACCUUCCCAACUCACUACCACAACUCCCAGCCAGAGGCCACCAUUAAGACCUCCGAGGACAACCCCAAGACAGCCAACUCAAACACCAAGAACAUCUGGUACAGUCACUGCAGAUCAAGCUGCUUCUCAACUAACAUCACCACCCGGUCGAGCAGCUCAAACCCGAGGGGCUGAGUCAUCACAAUCCCGUGUAGCCACUCAACCGCAAGCUGCCUCUCAGCCCUCAUCCUCAUCUCAGUCAACUUCCCAGCCCCAAAGAACAGCUCAAACAACCCCUCAGCCACGAUCCCCAACUCGUUUGGUCUCUGAGCCUGCUGGUAAAACACCCUCAGUCCCUGUUUCUCCGUCUAUCACAGCCUCUCAAGUGCAACCAAUAGUAGAAUCAGUUUCUCAGACCCCUUCGCAUUCUAAAACAUCACAACCCCCAACUCAAGAGAGUUCUCAACCUCAGCCUCCUCCCAGUUCCAAUGAGGCCCCACCCCCUAUCCCUGAAAGAGAGGAACCAAAACCAGUUGUGUCUUCUCCACAGCCAGUAGAGCCUCAACCCAAGAUAGAAACAAUGUCAAAUACUGUCACAGGCUCCAAGGACCUAACCACGGUCGAAACAAACACUCAACCCAGUGGAAUGGAAACACAACCUUCAAAUGUAUCAGACCCCGUAGCAGAUUUUACUCCAACUCCAGCAGUGGCUCCAGAAACACCUAACCCACCCCAACCAGCAGGUUCUCCUUCAAGAAUGGCCAAGAUAAAGCCCCUCUCAGUAUCAGAUGUGAAGUCUCAGGAAACUAAAGAAGGGGAGGGAGCAAUGCAAAAGACCAAUGGUAUAGUAAAUGAAGAAUCAAAGCAGAAGGGCAUCACUGAGCUUCACACUGUCUUUUCAAGCCCAAAAGAACAGAUCAAAGAACAGUCGGUUGUCUCAUUUCCGACAGAACAGAUCAAAGAACAGUCGGUUGUCUCAUUUCCGACAGAACAGAUCAAAGAACAGAUAAAGCCCCUCUCAGUAUCAGAUGUGAAGUCUCAGGAAACUAAAGAAGGGGAGGGAGCAAUGCAAAAGACCAAUGGUAUAGUAAAUGAAGAAUCAAAGCAGAAGGGCAUCACUGAGCUUCACACUGUCUUUUCAAGCCCAAAAGAACAGAUCAAAGAACAGUCGGUUGUCUCAUUUCCGACAGAACAGAUCAAAGAACAGUCGGUUGUCUCAUUUCCGACAGAACAGAUCAAAGAACAGAUAAAGCCCCUCUCAGUAUCAGAUGUGAAGUCUCAGGAAACUAAAGAAGGGGAGGGAGCAAUGCAAAAGACCAAUGGUAUAGUAAAUGAAGAAUCAAAGCAGAAGGGCAUCACUGAGCUUCACACUGUCUUUUCAAGCCCAAAAGAACAGAUCAAAGAACAGUCGGUUGUCUCAUUUCCGACAGAACAGAUCAAAGAACAGUCGGUUGUCUCAUUUCCGACAGAACAGAUCAAAGAACAGAUAAAGCCCCUCUCAGUAUCAGAUGUGAAGUCUCAGGAAACUAAAGAAGGGGAGGGAGCAAUGCAAAAGACCAAUGGUAUAGUAAAUGAAGAAUCAAAGCAGAAGGGCAUCACUGAGCUUCACACUGUCUUUUCAAGCCCAAAAGAACAGAUCAAAGAACAGUCGGUUGUCUCAUUUCCGACAGAACAGAAACAGCAGAAGCAGGAAGUGGUGCUCAGCACAAAGGAGGUGUUAACCACCUCCGUCUCUACUGGAAAACAAACCAAAGCCAUGCUUUCAAAUAUGAAAGAGAAAAAAAAGGUAAGCGAAUCUCAUCAAAAGUCUGCUAUAAUCAACGGAGGGCGUGUUCCCCUGCACAAGAAGAUCAGGGAUGAUAUUUCUGAUUUUGUUCAUCAUAUGGUUGUUGGGCACCAAAAGCAUGACAUGGAAAAAAAAGUGGUGAGCGUUAUAACCCUUGCUGGUGAAAGUAGAGGAGCAUCCAUGCACCUAGGUUCUGAGCCAGCAACAAAAGAAAGCAUAAUCCAUAUUCACAGAGGCUAUAAGAUCAAUCCUGAUGAGAGUGUCGAAGCCACCACUGAUGGAGAGGAAGGCUCCAAAAUGAGAAAGUCAGAAGAUGCAAAAACCAAAGAAGUUAAGGGAACACAAGCAUAUACAAACAGUAACAUACAGGGAAUCAAUAACUCAAUCAUGCUGAACAGUUCCAUCACCGAAAGAAACCCUGGUGUCCACCUGGUUCUCUCUUGUAAUCCACCAGAACCGAUCAAGUCAAAAAGAAAACCAGAACCCCUUGAAACACAUAAGGCUGAAUUCAACGUCACGCCCACCCAGAAGCUCACUUACGAGCCCAGAGUCAGAAGGAGAUGCCUCAGAGGCAUUUUCAUGGAACCUAGUGAUUCAGACCCAGAAAAUCCUGACAAGCAUCGUCGUCAUGGUUGCCAAUAUGGCUGCGGGGAGAAGAGUAAACAUAAUGAGAUAGAUAUUAUCUGAACAAGUGAAUUACUGCAUAUUUACAACACCAGAUGCUGGCAGAUAACAACCCUGCACAUUAUAAGAGAAUUUUUUAAAACAAAGCAAUAACCAGGACGCUACAUCACCCAUGGAGUCCUGUUUGUCAUUGUAUGCAUACCUCAAAUCGUUCGAAUUUCAUGGAGGAAGGUGUGGUGUGCAAAAUUCUGUACUCAAAAGUUAAAUGCUGAUUACCAAG